UAAACUGUAAAUGUUUGGACAUGAUAUUGAAUGAAAAUAGAGAUGAACUUCUAGGAGAAGUCAUGCACAGGAUAUCAAGUGAAAGCGAUAGCAUUGUUGACGAUUUCUUGGAAGAAAAUCUCCUUUCUAUUGAGGAUCAUCAAGAAAUAUCGGCUGAGAAAAAGAAAUCCAAAGCAGCUAUUUUGCUUCUAAAUCUUAUAGCCAAAAGAUUACCAGGAUCAUAUCUUAAAUUGCUUUCAAUUCUGAAAAAGCAUAAAAUAAACAAUCUUGCAGAGCGUCUUUUGAAAGAGAUAGACAGGACUGGCUUGGAGAAAACAGAAAAUGAAGAAGAAUUGAAAGUGGAAUUUGUGGGUGGUGACGUGCAUUUUUCCAUGAUAGCUCCUCAAAUGGAAAUACAGAAAAUAAAAAUGAUAAUCUCUGGUGUUGAUGGAAAUGAAAGAGUUCUUGAGAAAGUGAUAAAAGAAAUCCCAAACUCGGAAGAAUUGUUUGCUCAAGGAACACACUUUACUUUUGAUAAAACAUCUUUAGGAUCUAUUAUAAUUGUUCUUCAAACGGAGUCACCUUACGCCAUUGCAAAGUUAAAACAAUUCAUAGAAAAAGAGGAUCCACCUUCUGAUAUUCUGAAAUCAGCUGAUGGUCCAAUACCUGAGAUUACACAUAGGUCCCUUUUGGAGAGAUGUUACAGCUUCCUUCUAGAGGAACUUGAGCCGCAAUGUUUACUAAAAGAACAAGAAGUUGCUGAUAUUUUUGGUUCAGUUAUUGAAAUGUUCUACCAGCCGGGUUUGAGAACAAUGAAAGCUGAAGCCUUCUUGAAAUAUUUGAAAGAUCAAUCCGAUGAGAAAAUUGGAGUUGUUCUAGAAAAACUGAAGGAGAAAAAUAAACAUAUUUAUGACCAACUUGUUCCAGAUACAUCGAAAUAUCGGGAUAUUGACAUUGAACAAGUCAAAGGAAAUAUUUUGGACAAUUUACCGGAGCUACUGGAUAUAGUCGUUUUGAAUACAGAAGAAAAGAAACAAAAAUUACUGGAAGAGUUAAAAGAGCGAAUCGGAAAGAAGACUGGUGCACCAUUGACUGUGGCUGUUAUUGGGACACCUGGGUCUGGAAAAUCCUCCUUCAUUAACACCAUGAUAACUAGCAUAACUGGAAACUACCGAAAAUGGAGAAGAACAGCAGAUUUUGGGGGACUACCAGUUACACAAAGCGGGAAUCGGAUAUCAAGGGAGAAAUACUUAUAUUCUGCCGACAAAUCACUUCGGGAGUAUGAUUUUCCAGACUUUGUUGAAAUAGCCGGGUUUCAGAAUACAAAUGAUGAAAUGACAUAUGAGCUGCUUGACCUUUUAUUUUAUGGAAGAAUUCCGUCCAAUGUCCAUCUUGCUAAUGUAGCAGGGGAAAUCAGACGACACGGAAAAUGGUUUACGGAUAAGAUGUAUCCCGAAACACCAGAAUGCAAAAAGUUCGACAGAGUUAUUUUUGUUGCUUCAGCUGCAGAUCGAAAUUUACCAGUACAACUUAUGCAGGCGGUAUCAAGAGUACUCUACAAAAAAAGAGAUAUCCCAGUAUUUGGUGUCUUUACAAAAAAAGAUCUGGAAGUACAGGAAAGAGAAUCCGAAGACUUUGAAAAGUUAUUUAGAACAACUCUUGGAUUGUCUCAACUGGACUAUCUUCACUGCACAAACUACUGCGAUGACAACAUAAAAGAAAUAAGAGAGAGAAAUAUGACACAUUAUCCGGAAUUAGACAUCCCGGUGCUAAAGUUCCUUAUACAGGUCUUGGACCCCAUUGCUGAGUGUACUGAUCUUCAGAGAAAUAUUGGAAUUUCAAAGAAAAGUCUAGAGUGGAAAGAAAUCUGCAAUACGCUGGAUUCGUUUUUAAUGAUUAUUUUAACUACUCUCAUCGCCAUUAUUCUUGCUCUGAUAUUAUACUUCUGA